AUGACCAAGAACUCCUACUUCGGCGAGCGUGCCCUGCUCUUCGAUGAGCCUCGCACCGCCACGGUCGAGGUCUCUUCACCGGAGGCAGAGCUUUGGUCCAUCGAGAAAUCCACCUUCUCGUCGAUCGUGAAGGGCAAGAUGCAACAAGAGCUGAUGCAUCGUAUUCGCCUGCAAGAUACUGACUUCACCAUGAAGGACCUCAAGACAGUCCGAGUCAUUGGGGCAGGAGCAGCAGGCGUAGUGCGGCUGGUGAUGAACAAGAAGACAGGCAAUCCACGGCACGUGUGUUUGUUCUUCUUUGGGCGUUCAGAAGCCAAUGCAAUUCUGUGCCAGAACCCUGUAGCCGCGUAUGCUCUGAAGCGGGUCCGGAAGAACCAGGGGAAGAUCCCUGUGGAGGUCAAGCGUGAAUGCGAACUGCUCAAGGCCCAGGAGCACCCCUUCAUCAUGAGACUGGUGCAAACCUUCGAGACGCACAAGAGCGUCUACAUCCUCACCGAGCUCAUCACCGGUGGCGAGCUCCAUGGGGCGAUCCGUGAAAUUCCCACAGUGCUCUCCAGGGCACAGGCACAAUUCUACACCGGAUGCUUGAUCAUCGUUCUGGAGGAGCUAAGUGAGAAGAACAUCAUCUACAGAGACCUUAAGCCCGAGAACGUGAUGCUCGACGCACAAGGUUAUUUGAAGCUGAUUGAUUUUGGAAUCGCCAAAAAACUGGAGGAAGGGAAAACCAGAACCUUCACCAUGAUCGGCACUCCCCACUAUAUGGCUCCGGAGAUCAUGCGUGGCCAUGGCUACGGAACGGAGGUGGACUUGUGGUCUUUGGGGAUCAUCCUCUUUGAGUUCGUUUGCGGCUAUUUGCCCUUCGCCGACGAGCUGGAUGACCCCACAGAGGUUUGCACGGCCGUGCUGAAGGAUCCCUUAGAGUUUCAUUCGCGCUUCAAGGAUGCCCAGUGUAAAGCGGUCAUCCAGGGGAUGCUCAACCGGCAGCCGAAGAAGCGCUUGGGAGCUGGCAUGAAUGGCUGGGAAGAUAUCAGGAAUUCUGAAUUCUUCCUCAUCGGGCACAGCGGCAGUACCCUGUUCGACAAGAUCAUGGGCCGAGAGCUGGAAGCACCGGUGAUGCCCAAGGGCGAGAAGUAUUGCGAGCCCACCGACAUCGACUUUACCUUGAGCGACGAGGGUGAGCUGGGCUGA